AUGAUAACUGGCUUUGAUUUCUGUUACUUGGAACAUUUUCAGGCAUCCAAUGUUGGAUUGUCCAGAUUAUUUUCUCUGGCAAAACCAGAUGCCGGGAAGCUUAUCGUUGACACCGCUGUACUUUUUGUAGCAUAUGCAUCGAGUUUCUUGAUUCCUAAAUAUGGUGGACUGGUCAUAGACAUUGUGUCAACAAAAACAAAGACUCCACAACAGCAAUCAGAAGCUUUGGAUGCCAUCAAACACACCAUUACUUAUAUUCUACUGAUAGUUGUAAUAGGAUUUUCAAGAACCCUGUUCUCGCAAGUUGAGCGUCGGUCUCCACCAUCUGCGAGUUAUUGGAUGUCGUUUUAUCCUAAAUUUGUGCAACAGGAGAUAGCCUUCUUCGAUGCUACUUCGACAGGAGAACUCCUCAACAGGCUCUCUGAGGAUGCACAGAUCAUCAAAACUGCAGCAACAACAAAUCUUUCAGAAGCACUUCGGAAUCUAACGAGUACCAUUGUCGGCAUUGGUUUCAUGUUUUCAUCAUCAUGGAAACUAACACUGUUAUCCUUGGCAGUAGUUCCAGUUGUUGCAGUCGCCAUGCAUAGAUUCGGACGGUAUCUCAAACAACUUUCGCACACCACACAAGCUGCCGCAGCAGUGGCUGCCUCGGUUGCCGAGGAAUCUUUUGGAGCUAUUAGAACAAUUAGAUCAUUUGCCCAAGAAGACUAUGCAGUGUCCAAAUACUCUGAGAAAGUUGACGAAAGACUAAAUAUCGGACUCAAACAAGCUGUGAGUGUCCUUUUCAUCUCUCAAGCACACACACCUUCACGUUCGUCGGUACAAGAAUUAAGCAGAGGCCGCCAGCCGGAACACGAUAUGUCACGUUUGUUAUUCUUUUUCUACAACAGAAAGUAGUUGGCUUAUAAUUUGGAGGACUGAACGCUGCAUCCAAACUGUCUAUUUUCAUAGUGGUGAGUUAUGGAGCCUACUUGACAAUAAUGGGAUUCAUGACUGUUGGGUCCCUUACAUCUUUCAUCCUUUAUAGUC